AUGUCGCUACUGUUCGCGACAGCUUCUGGCAUAGGCAGACCGGCGGUUGUCCUCUGCAACGGCAAGUACUCCGGAGACGUUGGACAAACGGGGGGCGGAGCUGUGGCGGCCUUGGUGGAUGGUGGGGUGGACGCGAUGGUCUGCUCGCUCUGCUCAAGCUUAUCGGCAACAGCGUGCUCCCUCGGCAACGGGGGAGCCAUGGCAAUCGCGAAAGCGUGCUGUGGCGGGAACCUGGAAAAACUCUGCCUCGACAACUGCGGCAUCGGCAACCCCGGCGCAACCGCCCUGGCUCUCGCACUAGGAGAAGUUCGGAACGCUCAGGCCUCUGCCAACGUAUUGAUGAUUCCUCGCGCCGGUACUGGCGACGAUCGCAUUUCUUUGAAAGGUAGAAGCGUGUUCGGCGGCCGGUGUGUCAUACUGCUGCUGGAGAAGUCAAGGUUUUUCUGUCGUGCCAUUGGAGAGACCGAACUGAGCGACAACAUCCUCUCCGUGAAAAAGAGCUGCUGGGCAGUGUUCAUCUUGACCUUGACAACGUACACACGCAAGGUGGAUCUACACGGAUGCUCGGUCAACACAUGGGGCUGCCGGGCUCUCGCCGCGUCUGUUUUGGAUAUUAACAACGAGGGCACACACUACGGAGUUGGUGCUACUGCGGUGACGGUGAACCUUGGGUACAACUCCAUCAAGGAUGUCGGAGUGGAAGCGAUGUCCUGCGCGUCUCUCGGCCAGGAUUACGAAGACCACAAGAAGCGACAGAGCAAUGCUCGGCGCCAGAAGCACCACCAAUCGAAAAGUCCGGGGGUUCUCGACGCCGCACGUGUCCACGAAGCUCACGAAUUUGGGUCUGGAAAUUUGGAGCUCCGCCGUGAACCAACAGGAGAUUUGCCUCCUUUGACGGGAACGCCGUUGUAUGCUGCAGCCACUGCUGCUUGGCCGGAUAAACGGCAUGAGGAUCCCCGGGCCAAAGGCGCACCCCCUUGUUCGGUAUUGUUGGAUGGAAACAGAGUGUCGGACAGGGUUGCAGCUGGGCAAGGUGGUCUUGCGGGGCUGGGCGAGGCAGCGUUGUUUCGGGGGUGCGUUCUGCCGGAGACGAUUGUCAGUAACACAGGUUGGACUAGGGGUUCGUUCUGGACCAAGACACCGGGGAAGCGUACGUUAGGGUCAUCGCAGGGAUGUCAAACAUCGAACUAUCUGGAGGGGAAGGUGUGAGUGGGACCGGGGCACCGUUAAACCGUCGCCGGGGAAGAGGAACCAUGUUCAAAUCUCGAUGGGAGGGUGCAACGUUCGUCUCAAGUGCGAAAAGGUGUAUAUUAUUGUCCCUCUCGAAACUCGUCGCUUGGACCGGGGAUACGUCAGUGUUGCAAGGCGCUUCGGCCUGUGUUCUGGGGAGUAUGCGGCACAUUCACUGGAAUUAGCCUCGAACGAAUGGGUUCACUGAUAAUAUGGAUAUAUGUAGAAACUGCUGUGUGUUUUCAUGCGUGUGUUUCGUCGAUCCUUCGAGAAGCUCCGUAGUGAGACUCUAGGCAAUCGAGGCGCGCGCUUGCCCAAAACCAAAACAUGGAAGGCACGAUUGGUGAAUUCGCGUGCAACCUUAGACUAUGUGUAGAUUCUUUCGUUUAGCUGUAACGUACAUUACAGCCCCAGACUACAUUUUUAUGUGCAACGUAUUUUCAGCUGUAGACAUGUUUCUCCUCUAGUUCUAGACUACUGUUGGCAACCAAAACGAUAUGUUUUCCUAUGAUUAUAUUCGAUGGAAACAGAUCGGAACUCAAACAGGUUGGAGUUGUAGGGGGGCUUGGGAUUCAUCCAUUCGGGAUUCAACGUGCUCAUCAUCACCGCGAUGAACUUAGUCGUUCCGGUAUUCGUAGGUCUAUCCCUGCGCCCUUGUAGACCUCGUCGUCGAUUGAACAUCCAAUUUUGCAAUUAAAUGUCCGUGUGUGAACGCCGUCAGAUUCAUGUUGUACGCAUCCGGUAUAUUUGUGGACACAGCAGCCUGGGUCACGGCUGUCGUUGUGGUUGUCAUUGUUGUCGUCGUUGUUGUUGUUCCGCUACUACAAAGCAUAUCUAGACUAUACUGACUGUGCAUGCAGGAGUCAACGUCGCUAUCGUCAUAGUCUACGCGCUUUGCACGCCCGGUUGCGGGACCGCACGCCAUACAGCACGUAUACGUUCCACACAUCCACCUUAAUUCCACGCAACAAACUGGUGCGCAGGGGCGUCGAGGUUGUCGUACGUCGUGUGUAUUGUCAACUGCUGGCUUUGCGUACUAGUCUAGUCUUCUAGUUAGCUACUAGUUUGUGGAACGAACGGCGUAUUUAUUUGGGUGUUUUUGUUCGUCGACCUGUGGAAAAGAGGGUUUCGUCCUCGACAGACGUUGUGGGGACUUUCAACCUUUAUGAAGGUGUUCUCCACAUUACCCCCCCCUUUUUCGAGGCUUCUUCUUGUUUGCUAGGCAAGAGAAGUCUUCUUGGGGUAACCAAAACCCGACCGGCUGGCGGCGAGUAGAACCAUCUUUUUUCCAACAAUCUCCUGUGCGCGUGUGUGUGCGGGUGUACCACUUCCGCCACGCAUUGCCAGAAGUUUCGAGUUCGAUAGACAGUGCAUCGUUUCUUGGCCCCACCCACCGUUUUUCUUUUUCCGUACUCCGGAAGAAAAUUAGGUGAGUAGCGGGUUCUGAAUCCGUGUCUUUUGCAACCAAAAGCAGACACCU